AUGGCAGAAUCGUUUCUGUUCAACAUUGCAGAAAGGGUUCUUGAGAAAAUAGCCCUCCUUGCUGUAGAAGAAGUUCGCUUGGCUUUCAACGUCAAAAAUGAUCUGGAAGAGCUUCAGGACACCAUGACCCGCAUCAAAGCUUUUCUUUUGGAUGCUGAGCGGCAACAGCACCAGAAUGAAGCGUUGCGCCUUUCCAUUUGUAAGCUUAGAGACCUCUUGUACGAUGCUGAAGAUGUGAUUGAUGAGAUCGAGUGUGAAGCUCUGCGAAAAGAUGUCGUGAAUUGUCCAAGCACCAGCAUAAAGGUACGAUGUUUGCCUUCAUGCUUUGUUCCUCUAGCAUUCUCUUCAAAAAUGGGUCAUAAAAUCAAAGAGAUCAAUAAGAGGAUAGACAAAAUUGCUACUGAGUGGGACAGAUUUAAUUUAGGACAGCAAGUAGACAACCGACGUGUUAUUCACAGGGAGACUCAUUCUUUUGUGAAUUCUUUGGAUGUCAUUGGUCGAGAUGAAGAUAGAGAAAACAUUAUAAAUCUUUUAAAGGAACCAAGUGAUGAGAGUGGAAACAUCCCUGUCAUUCCCAUAGUUGGAAUUGGCGGUCUAGGGAAGACCACACUUGCUCAAUUCGUAUACAAUGAUGAACGGAUUAUUAAGCUUUUCUCAUUGAGAAUAUGGGUCUGUGUGUCAGAGGAGUUUGAUCUUCGUAGAUUGCUCCAAGAGAUGAUUUAUUCUAUAAGUAAAAAAAAAUGUGAUGAUUCAAAAAUUGACAUCUUACAGACUCAAUUGCGAAGUCUUGUGAAUGAUGAGAACUUUUUGCUGGUUUUAGAUGAUGUGUGGAAUGAUGAUCGUGUCAAAUGGAUUGAGUUUAAAAAUUUAUUGAUGUCAAUGGGUAACUUAUCCCAAAGUAAAAUCAUCGUGACUACUCGUUCUUUAAAGAUUGCUUUAAUAAUGAGUUCGUGUGAGCCUUAUGUAUUAAAAGGUCUCUCUUAUAAAGAUUGUUUGACUUUGUUUACAACAUGGGCGUUUAAUGAUGGAGAUGAGAGGCGAUAUCCUAAUCUCAUGAGAAUUGGGGAAAAAAUUGUAGAGAAAUGUAAAGGAGUUCCUCUUGCAGUGAGAACAUUGGGAAGCUUACUUUUCUCCAAAACAGAUGAAUGUGAAUGGAUUUUAUUAAGAGAUAAUGAAAUCUGGAGACUUGAGCAAAGUGAAAAUGAUAUUUUACCGGUAUUAAAAUUGAGUUACCAUUAUUUGCCAUCUCAUUUGCAACAAUGUCUUACUUAUUUAUCAUUAUUCCCAAAGGACUAUUUGUAUGACACUGAUUAUAUCAUCCAAUUCUGGAUGGCCACUGGACUCCUCGCAAGCUCCAAUCAAAACGAAGAGUGGGAAGAUAUUGGGAUUACAUAUUUCAAGGAGUUAUGGUUGAGGGGUUUUGUCCAAAAUGUCAUAGACCGCGGGUCAUUUUACUGGUUUAAAAUGCAUGAUCUCGCAUUAAAUCUAUCACAAAGAGAGUGUUUAACAGUAAAUCGUCAACCGAUGAAAGUUGUUCAAAAAGUUCGACAUUUGUCAUUUUCUCCUGACAGUCCAUUACGAGUUCCACAAUCUUUGAAGAAGUUGAAACGUGUGCGGACAAUAGUGGUUUCAUCACUUCCAUUUUCAAAAGAAAAGAGGAGCAUUGAUGAAUCGUUUGUUAACGCCUGCAUCUUGAAUUUCAAGUAUCUACGUCUACUUGAUCUCUCCUAUACAUUGUUAGAGGAAUUACCCGAAUCCAUUGGUACCUUGAAGCAUUUAAGAUAUCUUAACUUGACCAUCUGUCAUAGGAUGAGGAAAAUUCCUAGUUCUAUCUGUAAACUUCAGAGCUUGCUAACUUUGCGCUUACUUGGUGUUCCACUGAUAGAAGUACCUGAAAGUUUGCAAAGCUUGAUCAGUCUCAGAUUUCUAGAGAUAACCACAAGAGCUCCGCGUUUAAGGGAUAUUCAACCAGGAUGUUGGAGUUCCCUUCAGUUUCUACUCUUGUACGAAUGUGAUUUUCUAGUAUCUAUAUUUGAUGGGAUGCAACACCUCACAUCACUUAGAAGAUUGAUUAUCCGCGAGUGUGUCAGGUUGAUCUCACUUCCAAGAAGUCUGAAAUUUCUAACCAAAUUAGAGGAAAUCAAAAUCGUUGGCUGCCAAAAAAUCAAUUUAUGCAUGGAAGUAGAAGAAGCAGAAGACCAAGACCUUCACUUGAGCCUUAAAACUUUCUCAGUAUCGUGGUCAGAUGCGUUAACGGAUUUGCCACGAUUGCUUCUUGAAGGAUCUGCUAGCACUUUGCAGUCUAUAAAAAUUGGAGAGUGCGAAAACUUUGAGGUACUACCAGAGUGGCUACAAAAUCUCACUUCACUUCAGAAACUUGAGAUUAGUUAUUGCCCAAAUUUGUCAUCUCCUCUGGAGGGAAUGGAUCGCCUCACUGCACUUACACAACUCAAAAUUAAAGGUUGUCCGACCUUGAAUAGAAGAUGGCGACCAGUUGGGGGUGCAGAUUGGCCCAACAUUUCACACGUCCAAGAGGUUGAGGUAGACCUGUGAAGGAGCUUCCAAUCGGAAUAAAGGAUCAACAGGCUGAUCUCGUGAUGGAUAAAUCAACAACAGCCUGCACCCUAUGGAAGCUUUCACUAUGUUUGCUUCAGAGUCGAGAGCUUUGCAUUCAUGUUAGGGAUUGUGAUUUUAAUUAACUCGUGAGCUUUUUACUUUGUUCGCUUCA